AUGUUUUUUAAUCUGAUCAGUUUCCUGAAUAUUGCGAGUUGCUCUGAUAAUGGAACAAUAUUCAUUCUGAAUGGCGGACUUGAGUUGAAACCUCAUCCUGCAAUUUCAGGACGAAAGCCUGAUGAAAACGGCCACAAUUUAGUUAAUGAUGAUUUGCGUCAAUCACUCUUCCUAUUCAAACACCACCUUAGUUUGAUUUACAUGGAUGAUCACUACCACCUCAAGGUGAAUGGAUCAGUUGGUUUUGGAUGUUUAGGAGCCAUUACUCUAACAAACUUGUACAUUCCUGAUCGAAUGAGAAUGGAAAUGUGUGAGUUUGUAGAAGAGAGAAUUCUUUCUAUGGCUAGGUCAUUUCUGUGUCAACUUAACGAGAAUAAAAUUCCCGAAUUAUUGGUCUUUGAUCAAUCAAAUGGCAUUGACACAGUAGACACCACCCUAACCAACCAGAGAUUCACGUUCAGACUGGAUAACUCACGCCAAGAGGCCACUCACGCAUUCCCCAAUCAGCUAGUGAUCAAUAUGGUUUAUCAAAUUCGUAAAUCAAAGAGGCUUGAUCUUGAAGCGGGUGAGCCUACAGCAGAUGUUGUACUUAAAGAAGACUUUAGAACGAGUCUGAAAGAAUGGAGAGAGGGGUGUGUUAAGAAUCAGAAUUCUGAGCCACCAGUAGCACGAAGAGCAUUGAGUUUUGGUGGACCUUCACUUCAGCAAGUAGCUCAUGGAACCCAGACAGAAGAAACUGCUACUGAACCACUAAUGUUCGCUACAAGCCAUUAUUUCAGAUCAGGCAAUAUCAAAAAUGGAUCAUUUUUAAACAAUUUUGCAACAACAAUGAAUGUGUUCAACCCAAAUGUGAAGCCACCUAUUUAUCUGACAGUAGAACAGAGAGAUGAAUUCCAAGAGAUUGUAGAGCAGUUGAUACUCUAUGAUACAAUGAUUCUUGGUAGUGGAGAUUUACUCAACGAUUGA